AUGGCGCAUCCUCAGCCAUCCCCUCCUGGGGGCGUUCCUCCGCACCAUGGCCCUCUUACAACCCACCCGCAGGUCAAUGGUCAUAUUCCAGUCCAGUCGCAGGGGCAGAAGGGCCCUCCGCUGACGACGGCACAAAAGAUUGCUGCCCUGAACGAGCAAGUCUGGCUCCAGAUCGGCAGUCUGACAGAACUCAUGGGCGACCUGGAUGGUGCCAUGCACGCAUAUGAGCAGGCGCUUCGGCACAACCAGUGGUCGAUUCCCGCCAUGACUGCCAUCUCUCAAAUCCUCCGGACUCGGGAGCAGUUCCCUAAGGCCAUUGAGUACCUCCAGAACAUCCUGAAGCUGGAUCCCCAGAACGGAGAAACUUGGGGCAGUCUCGGCCAUUGCCAUCUGAUGAUGGACAAUCUGCAGGAAGCCUACACUUCCUAUCAACAGGCCCUCUAUCACCUGCGGGACCCGAAGGAACCCAAGCUAUGGUAUGGCAUUGGUAUCCUUUAUGACCGCUAUGGUUCGCUGGACCAUGCGGAGGAGGCUUUCACUCAGGUUAUGCGCAUGGCUCCAGACUUUGAGAAGGCCAAUGAAAUCUACUUCCGCCUGGGAAUCAUCUACAAGCAGCAGCAGAAGUACGAGCAGAGCUUGGAGUGCUUCAAAUACAUCGUGAACAAUCCUCCUCGGCCUCUCACCGAAGAGGACAUCUGGUUUCAGAUUGGCCAUGUUCACGAACAACAGAAGGAUUUCGACGCCGCACAAGCUGCCUAUCGCCGGGUGCUGGAUCGUGAUCCCAACCAUGCCAAGGUCUUACAGCAGCUCGGGUGGUUGUACCACCAACAGAGCUCCAGCUACGCCAGCCAGGAGAAGGCCAUUGAGUAUUUGGAGAAGUCUGUCAACGCAGACAGCAGCGAUGCGCAGAGCUGGUAUCUCCUGGGCCGUUGCUACAUGGCGCAGCAAAAGUAUCCCAAGGCGUAUGAAGCCUAUCAGCAGGCGGUCUAUCGAGACGGAAGGAACCCCACCUUCUGGUGUUCCAUCGGUGUGCUCUACUAUCAGAUUAACCAGUACCGCGAUGCCCUCGAUGCCUACUCGCGUGCCAUCCGACUCAACCCUUACAUUUCCGAGGUUUGGUACGAUCUGGGCACACUCUAUGAAUCCUGCAACAACCAGACCGCCGAUGCGCUGGAUGCCUAUGGGCGUGCGGCGGAUCUCGAUCCGAACAACGUCCACAUCAAGGCCCGUCUGCAACUGCUCCAAGCCCAACUGCAAGGCCAGAAUCAGAACAACAAUGCUCCUGCUCCGGUGCCGCAGGAUGUCCAUCCACAAGCGUACCAGAAUACUGGCCCAGGCGCUCCUCCGGCUCCCCAAUGGAGCGCCCCUGCGCCGACGGGUGGUCCUCCUCCCCAACCCCCGGCUCCCCCUCGCCAGAUUGCCGACUGGAACCGCAGCAUCAACGAGGUUCAGAACCAGCAACAACCGCAGACCUCAAGUGCUUAUGAUCAGCGCGGCCCUCCCCCGGCCCAGCAUCCCAGCCCGCGCCAAGAGCCUCCCAGGUCAUUCCCUGAGCCAGCUCGCAGUCAACCCGCCCCACGCUCUCCUAAGGGCAGUCUUCCGCCCCCGACCUCUUACCCGCCAUCGCAGACACUGCCUCAACUUGCUCCCCCGCCGCCUCAGCCUCAAGAUCGCGCCGCUAGUGGUGGUGCUAGUGGCUACGCUGGCUCGGCUCGCGGACCACCUCCUCCCAACGCUGGCCCCGGCGCACCGGCUGGUCCCAACGGUGCUCCGGCUCCUGCUACUUCUCUGCCUCCUUAUCCCCGUCCGUUUACUCCUCCCACGGAGAUCCGGCCGAUCCGGGAGGAUCGUCCCUCGUCUCCCGGCUCCACGUAUCCUCAUCAGCAAUACCAUCACGGUCCCAGCAUGUCUGCCCAGGGAGGUAGCGGUAAUGGGAUCGCUGGCGGCGCCCCUCCUCCCGCCUCUGCAGUGACGGCGGCUGAGGCUGCCGCUCGUGAGCGCGAAGAGCGCCCCCCGUCUUCGAUGAAGCGUGGCCGUGAAUGGGAUAACUCUGAGUCUGGUCCUACCAAGAAGAUUGCCAAUGAGGAGAAUCGCGCCCGUCUGGAUGAUCAGAUGAACCGACGGGUAACUCCCCCCAGCGAGAUCCAGCGUCGCAGUUCGUCCGAGGCUCGUCGCGAAGAACAACGUCGUGCCAAUGAGAACUAUCAUCCGUCCGAAGCGGCGCACCAUCCCCCCACUUUGCCGUCUAUUCAGCACAUGCCUCCGCCGUCAGGUUCGUCUAUGCCUCCCAUGGCUGAAGCACCACCUUCGUCAUCCAAUCCUCCGUCCGGCGGCCCGGCUGCGUCCUCUCAAGUCAAAGAAGAGUCUGUCCGCAAAGAGCAGCCGCCAUUGCAUGAGCCUGCUGCUCGCAAGAUGGAAGUGGAUGAAAACUACGACGAUGAUGGUGAGGAUGAGAAGAGGACUGGCACUGGCCCCAAGGGCAGCCCCCAUGGCAACGGGAAUGCCAACCCUAACGGCAGUGGAGUGGUAAAUGGCAGCAACCAGGCGUCCCAACCUAAGCAAGAACCUGCCGCCUAA